CACACGCGUUUGGAUUUUGCUCCUUUGCUCCCUUGAUCCAUCCACUUCUGAAAGGGUCACCAUGUCUGCCUUUGUGGGGAAGUACACAGAUGAGCUGAUCAAGACCGCCAAGUGCCUCGCAACGCCGGGCAAGGGCAUCCUGGCCUCCGACGAGUCGACGGGCACCAUCGGCAAGCGCCUGUCCAGCAUCAACCUCGAGAACGUGGAGUCGAACCGGCAGGCGCUCCGCGAGCUGCUCUUCACGGCGCCCGGCGUGUUCGACUACCUCUCCGGGGUCAUCCUCUUCGAGGAGACGCUGUACCAGAAGACCUCCGACGGGAAGCCGUUCGUGGACGUGCUCAUCGCGGGCGGAGUGGUCCCUGGGAUCAAGGUCGACAAGGGCACCGUGGAGAUCGCGGGCACCGACGGCGAGACCACCACGCAGGGCCUCGACUCCCUGGGCGCACGCUGCGCCAAGUACUACGAGGCCGGCGCGCGCUUUGCCAAGUGGCGCGCCGUGCUCAAGGUCGGCCCCGCGGGGCAGGGGCAGCCCUCCGAGCUCGCCGUCAGGCAGAACGUCGAGGGCCUCGCGCGGUACGCGCUCAUCUGCCAGGAGAACGGGCUGGUGCCCAUCGUGGAGCCCGAGAUACUCACCGACGGCGGCCACGACAUCGGGACCUGCGCCGCCGCCACGGAGCGCGUCCUCGCCGCCCUCUACAAGUCGCUCAGCGACCACAAAGUCCUGCUCGAGGCCACGCUCCUCAAGACCAACAUGGUCACCCCCGGUUCCGAUAGCCCCAAGGUCUCCGCGGAGGUGAUAGCGGAGUACACGGUGGCGGCGCUGCGGCGCACCGUGCCGCCGGCGGUGCCCGGGGUGGUGUUCCUGUCGGGCGGGCAGAGCGAGGAGGAGGCGACGCAGAACCUGGACGCGAUGAACAAGCUGGAGGUGCUCAAGCCCUGGACGCUGUCCUUCUCCUUCGGCCGCGCGCUGCAGCAGAGCACCCUCAAGAAGUGGGUCGGCAAGAAGGAGAACGUCGCCGCCGCGCAGGCCACCUUCGUCAUCCGCUGCAAGGCCAACUCCGAGGCCGCGCUGGGCAAGUACGCCGGCUCCGGCGCCGGGGACGCCGCCGCCUCCGAGAGCCUGUACGUCAAGGGGUACAAGUACUAAAGCCGCCACUGCUGACUGUGCCGACCCAAUCCUUGUGUCCCACGUCGCAGCGCUCGGACUGUGCCGAGAUAUAUGUGCUACACUAGUGUUUGUGUACUAAAUUCUCUUCUCUUCGUCCGGCUCCUAUUUGAGCAAAACAUACACACACACACACACACAACACGUUGAUCUAUUUGCAGCUCGCAAUGUACAGUAUUACUGGAACAUAAGUGCAAUAUAUAUAGAUGUGACCAUCUUACUU